UUCUUAUUUUUUUCAAUCUUCCAUCUCCGCUGAAGUCUGAAGACGUGCGCACGAUGUCUGAUUGCGCCGAUCUAUCGCCCAACAGCAACCAGUGAGACAGUAAGUCCUGAUCUACCAACUCAUCAAUCCGACCCCUCCAUCUAUGAAUGAACCCACGACUUCUGGAGUUAUAGAUCAGGUAAGUCUUUAUGUCAGUUCUCCACAUGUAUGAGAGUUUUGGCUGGUGGAGACAGGCAGAUUACCUGAAAGUGCACGUUGCUGAGAGUUGGAAUGAAAUGCAUCAUUUGCUCAUCAUGGAAGAAAUGCAUUUUACUUGUGGAUUCAAUCAUGGAUGGCUUCUCUAUAAUUACCGUGCAAAGCCCAGUUACCAUAAUUUGAGGAGGAUGGUCAUUAUUUAUUAUCUCUUUGUAAAGUUGCAGUUCAAAUGUUCAAUAUGUGCCUUUGGGGAAAAACAAAGCAUCUCUUUAAAAUGAUCAAUUACCAUAUUAAAUUUACAUUAUAUUUAUACAAAUGUAUUGCGCGGGCCGUAGUCUAGUUAAUUUUAUUGAAAAAAUAAUAAUACACUCACACACUUGGCUUUUGUCAGUGUCAAAUUGCACGCUCAAAACAACACCACACUUAUCUCAACUCCUCACCAAGAGCUCGCUGGAGCCUCUCUAUUUUUCUUCACUCGAACUCUGUUUCUUUUCCUCACUACUCGUUGGUAUGUAUGUAUUGAAACCAUGAUACAAACUUCCAAUUUAUACUAGCUAAGGUCGGUUGGAUCUGCACAAGAUACGGCUAAUAUAUAUCAUCAAGAAACAACUAGAUAACUUAACCGUGUAUAGCUAGUUGCUUUUCAAAAAAAAACCGUGUAUAGCUAGUCAAACUUGAUCGUGAAUAAAAUGAUGCGAGAAAAUCAGACAAUCAAUGUGAACACUUUGAUCGGCUAGGCUGUGUGAUCAUAUCAUAUAUGACAAUCCAAGAAACUUCCAGCUGCUAAUUGAUUCCUAUUUAAUGUUCUAGUUUCCUGAUCAAAGCAAGCUAGGGUCCGAGCGUACUCGCAUGGCAGAAGAGUUGAAGAGUUUGAAUUACGAUGUUUUCCUCAGUUUUAGGGGUGAGGAUACAAGGCAUACAUUAAUAAAAGAUCUUCGCGAAAAGCUGAAGCGGAAGGGCAUCAGAGUUUUCAUUGAUGAUGAUAUGCUGAAGCUAGGGGAUGUUAUUUCACCAUCUCUUUACGGAGCCAUUGAAGAAUCCACAGUUUUAGUCGUCGUGCUUUCUGAGAAUUAUGCAUCUUCCACAUGGUGCCUAAAAGAGCUUGUCAAAAUCAUGCAAUGUUUAAAGGAAGGAAAUCGUCGUCAACAAUUUGUUUUCCCCAUUUUUUACUAUGUUGAUCCUUCCCAUGUACAACAUCAGACAGAGAAAUACGGUGAAGCAAUGGUUGCACAUGAGAAUAGACUUGGCAAGAACUCUGACCAAGUUCGACAAUGGAGAUCAGCUUUGAGGGAAGUAUCUCAAUUAGCAGGGCUCCAUAUCAGUACCGGGAACGAAAUCAACAUUGUUGAAGAGAUUGUUAAGAAGGUAAAGAUAAUUUCUAAACCUUUUCAUGGUAAGGACCCAGUUGGAUUUGAGCAACGCAUAGAAGAGGUAAAUUCACUUCUAGAAAUGAAUCUUGAUGAUGAUGAUGAUGAUGAUAAUACUUCUGUAUGCAUGUUGGGUAUAUACGGACUUAAAGGAAUUGGGAAAACUGAAUUUGCAAAAGCGUUAUAUAGCAAGAUUAGGCACAAAUUUGAAGCUGAAAGUUUUAUUGCCAAUGUUGGAGAGAAGUCAAAGCAAGCCAAUGGCAUGGAAGAGCUACAAAAGACGCUUAUGUCAAACAUGGGGGAAAAGUCAGAAACUGAGUUGGAUAGUAAAAGUAGAAGAAUUGAAAUACAAAGCAGGCUUGGCAAGAAAAAAAUUCUUUUGGUUCUUGAUGAUGUCGACCACAUAGAACAGUUGAAUAACUUGGCAGGUGGGUAUGAUUGGUUUGGUUCAGGUAGCAGGAUCAUUAUAACAACAAGGGAUGAAGAUAUGCUACAUCAUCAUGGAGUUAAAAAAACUUACAAGAUGGCGGAACUAGAUGAUCAACCAUCUCUUGAGUUGUUCUGUCAAAAUGCUUUUGGAAAGAGCCAUCCCAAAACAGGUUAUGGAUAUUUAUCUCAUCGUGCAGUAAAUUAUGCCAAGGGUCUUCCAUUAGCUUUAAAAGCUUUAGGCUCUCAUUUGGCCACCGAAGAUGAUUUAGAAUAUUGGGAGUGUACAUUAGAAGAAUACAAGACAAAUCCAAAUCUGGUUUUUUUUCCCAUAUAGUGCACAUUUCAAAUUAAUUACAGACAUGGAGUAACUUUUAUUUUAUUUAUCAACUUAUAUCACCACUAGCAUCAA